ACAUGACCCAGCCCGUCUUUAAAAAUUCUGGAGUUUGGAAAGUACCGAUACACUGGAGGAAAACAAUAGCUAUAGGAACAUUGACUCUUUCCAUCUCUCUUCUACAGUUGCAGGUCCAUAUCUGAAGAUGUCUGACACAGAGGAAGUGAUUGAGGAGUAUGAGGAGCAGGAAGAGGAAGAAGCAAUUGAAGAAGAGGAGGAGCUGAUGAAGGAGCAGGAAGAAGAGCCGGAGGGUGAAGCAGCUGAAGCAGAGGAAGAGGAGGAGACAGUAGAAGAGAAAGAGGUUCGGGAAAAAAGCAAGGAAGAUGCUGGAGAGGAGCAGGAUGAAGGAGGAGAAGAAGAGGCCAAGCCCAAACCAAACAGACUCUUUAUGCCCAACCUCGUGCCUCUCAAAAUCCCUGAUGGAGAGAAAGUUGACUUUGAUGAUAUCCACCGGAAGAGGAUGGAGAAGGACCUGAAUGAGCUGCAGACCCUGAUUGUUGCGCACUUCGAGAACCGCAAGAAGGAGGAGGAGGAGCUCAUGAGCCUGAAGGAUAGAAUGGAGCAACGUCGGUCAGAGAGAGCCGAGCAGUUGAGAAUCCGGACCGAGAGAGAGAAGGAACGCCAGAACAGGUUUGCUGAGGAGAAAGCGAGGAGGGAGGAAGAGGAGGAUUUGAAGAGAGCCACCGAAGACGCCAAAAAGAAGAAGGUUCUGUCCAGCGUGCACUUCGGAGGGUACCUGCAGAAGACAGAGAGAAGGACUGGAAAGAAACAGACUGAGAGAGAAAAGAAGAAGAAGAUCCUGAGCGACCGACGCAAGUCGCUGGACAUCGAUCAUCUGAAUGAGGAGAAACUGAAAGAGAAAGCUGACGAGCUCCACCGAUGGAUUUUUGACCUGGAGGCCGAGAAGUUUGACUUGCUUGACAAGUUCAAGAAACAGAGAUACGAGAUUAAUGUUCUGAGAAAUCGAGUUAGUGACCACCAGAAGAUCACGAAAGGUGUCCGUGGAGGGAAAGGCAAGGUUGCCGGUCGCUGGAAAUAGACGCAAGGCCCCUCCAGCUAGGAGAGCCACAAGCCUGCCUUUAAAAUGAGACCACUCCAGUCUCCUUCACUGUGUUAGCUCUGGCACUGGGAAUGCCAUGUGUGAGAUUACUACUUUGUGUUAUUCACCGCUUGUAAAUCCUUGUAAAUAAAAACUAUAAAAAAAAAAAAAACAUGAUUCUCUAAUAAUGGAAUGUUAAACACCUCUCUAGACAACCACCCAUGGUUCUCUACAACAUGAGAAAUUCCUGUAUGCUGCCAAGUUCACCACACGAGGGUGUGUGAGGUUAUCUGGUUUAAUGCCUUGAUAGCGUUGAACAAAAGCUAAACUGCUAAACAUUCCAUGUUACUGUGGAUGUAACUGGUUUAAUUGCUUGUAUUUGGGUACACGUUGACCCCAGGUGUGUCCCAGAGUGAAUAAAACAUUGAGGCAUUGUUUUGAUGUUCACACUCACUCUGAAGAACGUGCCAGCUAAUGAAGUCAGGCGCUACCAUUGCUCUAACUCCUGGCACACUGUUCUGAUGAAUAGGGCUGGUACUCCACCCACCUGCGUGUAGUGUCUGUGUGAUCCAUCUAGAUACCCUACCUCUGCCCUGUAAAACCAUACGUGGGUUGAUCAGCUCUGGGGUGUUAUUUCUGUCCGUAGUAUAAAUGAACCUGCUGCUGGACCCCUUUCAGAUUGUAUCUGUCAUUUUAUGGUCACCUUUCCAACAGCUCUCGUCCUGAUCCUUGGCAUAGCAUUGCCUCAUAAUGCGGUUGGGAAAAGUAAAGAAAAUAAAUCAAUGUUGCCAAUUUAUUUAUUUAUUUAUUUAUUUUUUACCUGUAGUGCUAAUUGCAACAAAAAAUACAAUUGAUAAUUUGAAUGCUCUUACGGAAAAGUAAGUAGAAUGUCGUUAUCAUACAGAGAAACUCUAGCAGCCUGCAAUUAACACUGUAAUUAAUUGUCUCAUACCAUUGUAUUACCACUGUUUAGGAUGUCAAAAUAUGAAAAGUUAACACAUGAGGUACUGAUCCACCACUGUAGCAGUCAUUUAGGAGUCUCAGGGCAGAAGCGUCAAUGGUGUGGCAUUGCCACCGUAUUUCUGUUGAAGAGUGUUUGGUAAGUGCAUGGAAUGCUUUAUGGAACUUUAGAAUAUUGGUUUUGAUUAAUAGGUGAAUUCAAGCUGCAUGAGUUGAAUUGAGGGCUCCUAAACCCAGCUGGUCUGCAGUGAGAUCUGGCUUGGCGUGCUGCGUCGUUUGAAUAGCUUACCAACGCUUUCAUAGCUUUGCCCUCCUGGUUACCAUCAUGCUUUGGGGGCACACAUCGUGAUUAAGGCUGUAUUUAUCUCAGAUUUCACGAUUUCCGUGCAAUGUACCCUUUGUCGUGUAAUAUGUAGUUCCCCGUGAAAAUUCCCAUUUCUGAAAGAAUAGUAUAAAUGUACAUCGCUUCAAAAUAAAUAGAGCAAACCUUUGCCUUA